AUGCCAAAGACACCACAGUCCCAGCUGCCCUCCCCAGUCAAGCAGCCAGCCAAUGCCAAUGCCCCCGACAAAUUAGACAAGAUGUCCAAAAUUGCUCUCAGAAAGAAGAAGAACGCCGACGCUCAGGCUGCUUUCCGUGCACGCCGUGCCAACUAUAUUGCCACCCUCGAAGAGACAGGUCCAGUUAUGGACUGGUCCAGAACCGGACUGGAACUUGGGUCCGGUCCACUACCCGUCCACAUACAGGUCCGGUCCCCAGUCCGGGACACUCCCGGACCGCAGAUUUGGUCCGGUCCUGAGUCCAGUCAUCAUUUACCCGAGCUGCACAGUAUUGGUUGCGGAGAACUUGGUGCGGGAGAUGCAGCGUGUCUUAACCAGAGCGCCUUGUUGUAUUGGAGGACCUUGCUGCGUAGAGGGGAAACGAUUUUCGCAACGGCUGUAUUAUGCAUGUUCGCUGUCGUGGACAGAGAAAUUCUACUCGUCUCUGUCGACCCGGAGCGCUUCUCACGGAUACCGCCAUGCACCAGGUCCACCUCGCCGACGUGGGCUGACCCGUCGUCGGAAGCUACUAAUUUUCGGAUGCAUGAGCUCCGCAUUAUGAAUCUGUCUGUCUGCUCCUACUUGAACGGUGAGCAGCGUGCGCAGGCUGCACGCAUCCGGCGUUUCUUCCGUACCUUUUUCGAAGACGAGCGGGACAUUGAGAACAACGAAGGAGAGUUCGACCCACAUGCAGACGACGAGAGUGUGGAGAUAUUCGACAGUGAUGAGGAAGCGAUUGAGUGGAUACAGGGGGCGGAAUUGGAGAAGGAAGUGAGGUGUUUGACGGCUAAUGCGGCGAGGAAGGGUGUUGCUGGUGUACCGUUUACCGUUAUUGAUGGACGAUGGGCGGUUAGUGGGUGUCAGAAGCCGGAGUGUUAUUAUAAGAUAUUUGAGAAGCUGGCGACGUGUUCUGACGUACCGCCUCCUGCUAUGAUGAAAGCGGAGGGACCAUGUGGGCAGAGGAUCUGUACGCCGAGUGCUGCUACUGCGUAA